AAUAGUUUAAAUUUUAUUUGUCAUUUUAUUUAACAUAUAUUUUACCUUAACAUAUCUAAAUUUAGGGCAAAAACCUUGUGAGUAUUGUCGAAGAAUCGAGCAUACUGUUGUUCGAUUGUUUGAUUCCUAAGAUGUGGUCAAUAAGUACUCGACUGUCAAUUGCGAUACAAUCUCGAAAUAAAUGUGCAAAACGGAUAUUUGGAGUAAAGCUUUUCUCUCAGCCACUACUUAAGGGCGUUAGAACUUAUUCAGAUGAAGCUUCAAUAGCUUUAGAAAAUGCUUUUAAACUUCACAUACUGGAAACGAUGCCGGAAGAAAAUGUGACACUGAAAAAAGAAGAUGCCCUGCGUUAUUACACCCAAAUGCAGACUAUUCGACGCUUAGAAAAUGCAUGCGCUUCAUUAUAUAAAGAAAAAAUUAUACGAGGCUUUUGUCAUUUAUAUUCUGGCCAGGAAGCCUGUUGCAUAGGCAUGAAAGCAGCUCUACGCAAAGAUGAUAAUUUUAUUACAGCAUAUCGUUGUCAUGCUUGGUGUCUGGUAGCCGGAAUUGCGCCAGUAAAUUUAAUUGCAGAAUUGACUGGACGUGGUAUUGGUGUUCAACGUGGAAAAGGUGGAUCCAUGCAUAUGUAUGCACCACAUUUCUUCGGCGGUAACGGCAUUGUUGGUGCGCAGGUACCAUUAGGCACUGGCAUUGGUUUCGCUUGUAAGUAUAAAAAAGAUGGAGCUGUAGUGGUUGCAUUAUAUGGUGAUGGUGCAUCAAAUCAAGGCCAAGUAUACGAAGCUUUCAAUAUAGCAUGCCUUUUGAAGAUACCAAUUAUAUAUGUGUGUGAGAACAACAGAUACGGUAUGGGUACCCCAGCUAAACGUUCAUCAUGCUGUGACCAGUAUUAUACACGUGGUGAUUAUAUACCUGGUAUUUGGGUUGAUGGUAUGAGCAUAUUGGCCGUACGUAGUGCUACCGAAUAUGCAAUCAAAUAUGUUUUGGAGAAUGGCCCAAUUAUAUUAGAGUUGGAAACUUAUCGUUAUAUGGGUCAUUCCAUGUCUGAUCCAGGUGUUGGUUAUCGCAGCAGAGAGGAAAUUCAAGAGGUGCGUUCAAAACGAGACCCAAUCGUUAAAUUUAGAGAACUUUGUAUAUCUAACCAACUAUUUUCUGAAGAUGACACAAAGGCAAUUGAUAUGAAAAUUAAAAAAGAGAUUGACGAAGCUGCUCAUCAGGCAAAAAAUGCAAAAGAAAUUGAAUUAAAAGAACUCGUAGCUGAUGUAUAUCUAAACAAUUUGGAACCAAAGAUACGUAACACGACUGGAUAUAACCUAACGCAUAUGCAAAUCAAUAAAGGAUCUUCUCCUAAAUAAAAUAAACAAUAUUUUCUAUAUUCGAUAUAUUCUAAUAAACUAAAUU